AAAAUGACUGAUCGGAGUUCGUAAUCGUAGAACACAAACAUUUGCUUCCCCAUACGCCACAUAUAACCAAAUAAAUAAAUAAACAAAUAAAAAGUCAACGAUGUAACCUUGCGUCCAUUUCAAUCAAAGGCGGAAUUGGUUAGGCGUAGAAGCUAUCCCAUUUGUUGAUGAAAUCAAAGUAUGAUGUUUGUGCUUGCUGAAGAUCAUAGUUUAGAGGGUUGAGAAGUAGCAAUGAUGAAACUGUUCGAUUCACACUGCCACCUGCAGGACCCCAGAAUCUUAAGCAAGGCACCCCAACUCAUCAAUACCGCCCAAGACAUUGGGAUCGUCUGGUUUGCCGUUAAUGGAGUUUCCGAGAAAGACUGGCACUUUGUUAAGGACAUGAGCCACACUCAUCCUUCUGUCAUUCCUUGUUUCGGUCUCCAUCCAUGGUUUAUUGGAGAGAGGAGCUCCAAUUGGUUCAACACCCUCAAAGAAUAUUUUGACGCUACACCCUCUGCUGCAGUUGGAGAGAUCGGUGUGGACAAAGGACCACUUGGAAGUCAUUCUAAUUUCUCAGAGCAGGUUGAAGUAUUGCGGCAGCAGCUUGAACUAGCAAAAGAGUUGAACAAGCCAGCAUCUGUCCACUGUGUUGCUGCUUUUGAUGACCUUCUUCAGCUAAUGAAGUCCGUCGGUCCUUUUCCCGCUGGUGUCAUCCUUCAUUCGUACAUAGGUUCUGCGGAGAUGGUUCCUGAAUUUCACAAGCUUGGAGCUUAUUUUUCUUUCUCUGGUCACCUUUUGUUUCUAAAACCAGACAAGGCAAAGGAAAUGCUGAGGAUGGUACCAUCUGAUAGGAUUUUACUGGAGACGGAUGCCCCAGAUGGACUUUUGAGGUCAAAUAGAGAUACUCUCUUUUUCGUUGAAGGAGAUCCUUCUCUCCCCCAAGAACUUGGUGGCCAAGCAACUCCUUCCUCAAACCUUGGCUUCUCAAUUGAUGCUUCAAUGUUGCCAAAGGAGACACUCAAUCAUCCAGCAAACAUUCGCAACGUACUUGAUUACGUUGCGUCCAUGCUGGAGAUUCCCAAGGAAGAACUUGCUAAAUUGAGUUACCAGAAUGCUGUCCGCCUAUUCUCAUAUGGAGGCUCCAAACUACUCCAAACGUCCACAAAAUUAUAACAAGAGGUUUAGAUUGUACGUACCAACAGUUCUUGGAUUGAACCGACAUGUUAAUGUGUGAGGUGAGGUUUGCUUGUCUGUCAAAUUUGGUUGUCUCAUUCUAAGAAGGAUGUAGGUGUGGGACAGGGUUAGUGAAUAUUAAUGUCAAUAAAUUAAUUACUUGGGGGCAAGGAAGCAUGAAAUUAAAGCGUGAAUGUCAAAUACCAGACACAAUUCCUUUCA